GAAUGCGAAGCUUCAAAAUGCAAAUUUCAAAGGUUCAUCUUUCCAAGAUGCACGUUUUGAAAAUACGGACCUCUCAUUUGCGGAUCUUCAGAAUACGAAUAUUCAAAUAAUGAAUUUUGAGAAUGCGAAUCUUCAAAAUGCAAACCUAAGAAGUUCAUCUUUUCAAGAUGCAUAUUUUAAAGGCGCAGAUCUCUCAUUUACAGAUCUUCAGAAUACGAUUCUUUAA